AUGAAGGAGGUGGUGGUGGGUAUGAAGGUGAAGGGUACGAUGGUGGUUGAGGAUACGAUGAUAGUGGUGGUGGUGGGGAUUAUCCAUAAGGCGAUGGCGAGUGGAGGAGGUGGUGGAAGAUACAAUGGAGGGAGUGGUCUGCGGGGCGAUGGUGGAGGGAGUUUCAACUAUGGUGGGUCCAACCAUUUUGCUAGGGAGUGUCCUAAUAGUGGACGUUGA